AUACAUCAAAAGUGUCACAAUUAGUCAUAUCAUAAUACUCAUUACUCUCCAAGUACAUCAAUGAUCAAACCCAUUGGUCUAUCAAAACCCGACCCGUAAUUGGAAAAUUGGGCCUUGUCACAUGACUUAAAAGUUAAAACACUUUGACCCACUGGAACUAGAAAGCCUUCGUCCUUCUUGCCGCUUCAACGCCGCCGGUAAACCAAAAAUCGCGCCACAAAACAGCUCCGAGUAUCAUCGUCGUCGCUGCCUCAACAUCCCUAACUUACCGUCAAAGACCCUCAACUUUCGAUCCUUCCGGCAGUUUGUUCACUCGUUCCUACAGAUAAACCCACAGUAGUUAGAGAACUCAGAGAUGGAAGAAUCGCGCGAUGGAGACUGGACCCUCGUCGCUCGAAAACCCUAUUUCGGCCUCCCAACUGCUUGCCCAGUUUGCUUGCCCGUUUACAUCUACCUCAAGCUCGCUCGUUGCCCUUUCAAUCUGGAGAUCAAUUCCGCUUACCCGGAUUCAGAUCAAAUUCCUUACGUUGAGGGUGGAACUUAUGUGGCUUACAACAAUGAAAAGGGCGGGGUUAUACAACAAUUGAAGCAAGUUGGAGUUGUUGAUUUGGAUUCCGAAUUCAGUUCGUUGGCAGAAUGGGUAUCAAUGAAAGCAAUGAUGAGUUCAUGGCUCGCUGAUGCAAUCACGUAUGAGCUCUGGCUAGGAUCUGGUGAAAAUUCUGCCAAGCAGAUUUAUUAUUCGGAUCUUCCUUGGGUGAUAGGGAAGGUUCUUUUUGUUAAACAAGUUUACGAUGUUAAGCAGCGAUUUAAUAUAAGUAAACAAAAUGCCGAGAAGAAGGAAGAAGAGAUUUAUGAUCGAGCAAAAGCUGCGUACAGAGCUUUGUCUACAAUGUUGGGGGAACAAGAUUUUCUCUUUGAGAACAGGCCAACAAGCUUGGACGCAGACCUUGUCGGGCAUGUGCUUUUCACUCUUCAAGCUUUACCCGAAGACUCAGUUAUCCGGGCUGCUCUCUUAGAGCAUGGAAAUCUCGUAAGAUAUGCUGAAAGACACAAGAACGAUUUCCUGACUUCUGGUCAAUCAAGUGCUUCUGCUUCAAAUUUCCAGCCACCACCAUCAGCAGCUCAAGCAAGUUCAAGUUCGAAACCCAAGAGGAAACCUAAGAGGGAGAAGACGGAAGAGGAGAAGAGUUUCCAACGGAAGGCCAAGUACUUCAUCGGUGCACAGCUUGUUGCAGUUCUACUGUUUUUGUCUCUCUUAGGCAGUUCAUCCAAAGCAGACCUUGAUGAAGAUGAUGAGGAUUAAGUGACGAGUAAAACCUGGUUCCUUGUAUAAACAAUUUCAUCACCCUGUUUCGUCGUCUCAUUAGAUUUUGAUUUAGUCAUAAUCAUUUCUUUCUACCUCUUUGAUAUCACUUUCAGUCUUCAGAGAUCAUAGUUGCUAACAGUUUCCGGAGUAUGUUCUUCCAUUUUGUUUCGACAGACACCGAGUUAAUAAGAUGCUUAGUGAUUGGGAUUCAACUAGUGCCUGCUUCACUUGGCAAUAGUUCCCAUCAAUGUUCUGUGGAGCUUUAAGCCUUCUUUCUCAGCCUUAUUUCAUGCUUUGAAAGUGAAAGCUCAAAAAAGACAAGACUAUGGUGCAAAUUGUUGCAGCUUCUAUGGCCACUAGAUCAUUAACGUGUUUGAAUUACUACUAGUUGCUUCAUGUAUAGUUUUGCUGUGGCAAAAUAUAGCAGCUUAUGGUGACUGUAUAAUUUGUUUCUUAUAAGUGGCCAUAUUCGCAGGGCCAUUUCGCUAGUGGAGAUGGAUGACCUUAUCUAUGAACCAAGGGCCAGCCUUCAAAUUUUUGUGUGAUCAUUGGUAAGUGAAGACAAUGCAAUUAAGCUAAGUUUAAUUGGUUGAAUACCUUUACUUUCUAAUGAUUGAGUGGUAGUGCCAAAGUAGAAGCUUAGGACUACUACCAUAAUCAAUUAUGGUCUAGUAAGUGGAGAUGAUCUAGUCCGCUACAAUAGUACAAUGCAUAACAUUAUUGAUUUAACAUAUUCGAAUAAGAUAUAACACAUUUGUAUUAUCAAAUUAGUUUAAUUUAUUCAAUUUUUAUUACAUUUAAAAAAAAAUCUGAUAAAAUCGAAACUUUUGUGUGAUCAUUGGUAUGUGGAAGACAAUGCAAAUCAAUUAAGUUUAAUUGGUUGAACACCUGCACUUCCUAAUGAUGGAUUGACAGUGCCAAAUUGGAGCUUCCUAAUGAUUGAAGCCUAACACUAUUAUCAUUACCAAUUAUGGUCUCAACUGUUCUAAAUUCAUAAGAGAUUAUCUAGUUCGGUACAUUAAUCUUAUUGAAUUAACAUAUUCGAACAAGAUAUUGCACAUUUAAUUUUAUUACAUUAAAAAAAAAUGUAAACGAACUGAAAUUCGAAUUGAAUUAGAGUAGAAUACAAUUUGAUUCGAUUAAUCUUCAAUUUACUUUGAUUUACUCACAUUCCAACAAUUUGAUCAUAGGCAAAAAGCUCUAUUCUCACAAAAAAUUUGGGUUAUUAAACCACCUACUCUAGAAAAAGAAAAAAAAAUGUAAAUGAAGGAAAAACUACCCAUCAUCACAUAGCUCACAAAUUGCAUUCCUUUCCUCUACAAAGCUUAAUGCCCUGUUCACUUGCCAUUUCGUUUUCUGUUUUUCAGUGUCACAACAUAAAUCAGGAAAUAUAAUUGCAAAAACGUGUUCACGUAAGAUGUUUUGUUUUCGUUUAAUAAAAUGGGGAAGAAUGAAUGUGGAAGCUGGCAGAAACGAUAAAUACUCGUUUCUUGGAAUUAAUGGCACGGGUUUCUCCCCGUUGCCCAGCGGAGAAACACAACUGUUCAUUAAUGAGGCCGCGGGUUCGAGUCCCCCAACCCAUCUUUUUUUUGCAUUAUUUAUGUUUGGUUCUACACGCAGACAAAAGAUGCCGUUUUGGCAUUGAAAACACUACUAGCUACCUCCAUCGAUCUCCUUCCUCCAUCAAUCUCCUUCCUCCGCGCCAUACAAACGGCCACGCUGCGGGAGAAGAUCGGCCGUCGCAUCUCCUCCAGCGACCUCCAUCGAUCGGCCUCCUCUCCACUCGGCGAAGCCCGAUCGAGUUCCUGUGGCUGCUUGGAAACAAACGGCCGUCGCAUCCCACGAGAAGCUCGCAGACGAAGCUCGGCCGCCGCAUCUCCUCCAUCGAUCGACUUCCUCUCCACUCGACGAAGCCCGAUCAAGUUGUUGCCACCUGCAAAAGUUAUCUGAGGUAUUGAUGAAACCCUUAGCAAGAGAGAUGGAGUGGCGGGGAAAAUGCUGCUUCGUUCUGUUGGGUCUUAAUCCACCGGAGUAAAUCAAUCACUCUGAAAUUCUGAAUGGUCAAACCUAGGGUCAAUAAGCGACUAAUAGUUCUGGAUCUGGAGGGGUUGGGUUUAGCUCGCUUUUUUAUUUAUGUUGUUAAUCGCAUUAGCUAGAGCUCAGGGGAAUGUUUAGCCCAUCGUUUUGUGGCUUACAAUCCACGCCAUCAACCAACUUCUGUUAUAUGGUCAUGGUCAGUUGCUUAGGAUAGGAGUGAAGAGAGAAAAGUAUAUGUGCCAUCAUAAUCUACUUAUGUUGUACUAGUACUUAAUUAAUAUAAGAUGUUGUACUUGUAUUCUGUUUAUUUGUAGUUUAAAAACUAUGUAAUUCAAAUUAAAAAUUAUAAUCAUGUCUAGGGUUGUAUGAUAAUCAAGAAUCAGAAAACAGAAUGAAGCAACUAAACAGGUUUUCAUUUCAGAACUCAAUUUCAGAACUCACCAAAAUUCUCAGCUAAACAAGGUUUUUUCAGGUUUUGUUUUCCAAGAAAUGACAGCUUCGUUU